CUUUAAAAUUAUCUGAUGAAAAUACGCGUUUAUGAUGUCUAAAGUUAACUACACAAAUAUUGUGUACUUUUAGAAGCGGAGUUAGUUAUGACUGCAGGAGUUUUAUGAUAUAAAUAGCAACCACUACAAGUACAUUCUAUUCAGUGUGAAUGUAGUUUAUAACCAAGUAAUUUCGCCUACUUUUAAAAACUCCGAUAUAACCUUAUCAGAUGCUGUUAGAUUCAGGAUGCAGCCCCCACUCCGUCUCCUGACGGUGACGUCACAAUCAACGCGCCGUUUCAGUCAGUUGAGGUCUGCUGGGGUGAGAUAGCGUUGUGGCUUUUAUUUACAUGAUAACUGCUGUUUUGUCCUUUCUCUUUUGUUCAAUUAGGUCAUUAACUAUUUGUCUGCAUAUUGAAACCGUUAAAACGGAGAUUAUACAAACCUAGAUUAUAUAAUAGUAAACAGUACGUCAAAACAUGGUUACUGUACGUUUACUACAACAAAAACUCGCUUCUUUGUUGUAAGAUCUUUGCUUCUGCUAGAACUCUCACAAGUGAAGUAAAAAGGUUUUGAGGGCACAAAUGAUCUAGAAUCCUGAAAAGAAUCACAAAGCAUCCAAAAAAUAGGAGACUAGAUAGACGACAAUGAGGAGAGUUAACAACUGAGCUAAGAAGAGGAGAAACAUCAUGAUGUCAAAGCUGAUGUGAGUCUUUCCUUCCUUCAUCUUUUCCCCAAAACUAAACAUCUGCAUUCAGUGUGCAAAACGGAAACAUGAUGGAGCAUGAGGAAAAUCCCGAACAAAAGACAUACCAAUGUGAUCUGUGUGGGUGGACUACUUUAAAACAAAAGCGCAUGGACACUCACAUGAAAUUUCACUCUGGAAAGCCGCAUGUAUGUGAUCAGUGCGGGAAGGGUUUCACAAGAAAAAGUGUCCUUAAUGUGCACAAAAACAUCCACACCGGAGAGAAUCUGCACACGUGCGAUCAGUGCGGGAAGAAAUUCACACUGAAAACCACCCUCGAAUCUCACAAAGCAAUCCACUCUGAAGAGAAACCGCACACUUGUGAUCAGUGCGGGAAGAAUUUUGCUUCUCUUAAAAAGCUCAAAUCGCAUCUGCUUAGUCAUUCUACUGAAAAACCGUUUGUGUGUGAUGAGUGCGGUAGUGCGUUUAGUACAAUAAGUAAUCUGAAUGAGCACAAGAAAAUUCAUUUAAAAGUGAAGCCUUACACGUGUUCCCUGUGCGGAAUGAGUUUUCGCCAUCGCUAUAAUUUCAAUGUGCACCAGAUAAGACACAGCGGCGUGAAGAAUCAAGUGUGCUUUGUUUGCGGGAAGACUUUUGUUACAGAUAGCGAAGUAAAACUGCAUCAGAGGCUCCACACCGGAGAGAAGCCGUACAAGUGUUCGCACUGCGACAAGAACUUCAGUCGAUCGUCUACUUUGAAAAAACAUGAGCGGAUCCACACUGGAGAAAAACCUUUCAAGUGUUCAUACUGCGACAAGGGAUGUAAUCAGAUGUCAGAUCUGUUAAAGCACGAGAGGGUCCACACUGGAGAGAAGCCGUAUAAGUGUUCACGCUGUGACAGGGGAUUCAGUCAAUCUGUUCAGCUGAAAAGACAUGAGAAGAAAAAAUGUAUGAAGUCAGAGCAAGAAGUCACUCUUUAAAAGGUCAAUCGUCAAGAAAUCAUUGAUUGGAUGCAACUCGGCAUUACCAAACAUGACUCAAUAAAAUCUGCUUCGUCACCGUUAA